CGAGAUUACCGGAAUCGGUUAAUAGAUAGCUAAUAUUGUGCGUUUACUUAUAAAUUCACUUGGUUGCUACUUGAUUUACGGUACAAAAUGAGUGCGUGUUAAAGAUUGAUUAGUUAUUUAUAAGGGAAAGUCGGUUAUUGAUUCACAUACGAAGUCAGGUCAUGUAAAAAUUUGAUAUGAAGACAAAUGUCCAGCUGUUUGAAGUCAAAUAAUUAAAUAUUCAGUUGCGUGAGUUUUGUGAAUGACAUUCUGGCCGAAAAUAAAGUGAAUUUGAACAUUCCUAAAUAUAAAUUAUUGUAAUUACUGUUACCCGCUCUUACUUUUUUCAAAAUGCUUGCGACAGUAGUUGCGCACAGAUCCAACAUGUCAGCAGAAGCAACAAAUGGCAGCAGCCCCGCUCCCGCCGCGGAACCACCAGUCGCUGAGGUCGCACAAUUGGCUUUGGACGAUGAGCCCAAAGUUAGUUUCGCCGAUCAGUUCAAAGCCUUCUCCAAAUUCGGUGAUACAAAAUCCGACGGCAAAUUGAUUACACUGUCGCAGAGCGAUAAAUGGAUGAAGCAAGCUAAAGUAAUCGACAAGAAGAUCACCACUACUGACACGGGCAUACAUUUCAAGAAAUUCAAGGCAAUGAAAAUCUCACUUGCCGAUUAUAAUAAAUUCCUGGACGAUUUGGCUAAGGCGAAAAAGGUCGAAUUGAGUGAAAUUAAAUCGAAGAUGGCGGGUUGCGGCGCUCCCGGUGUGCUGCAGGUUUCGGCUGGCAAAGCCGCAUCGGCCGUGGAACGUCUCACCGACACCAGCAAGUAUACGGGAUCUCACAAAGAACGCUUCGAUGCCACGGGCAAGGGCAAAGGCAUUGCUGGUCGCAAAGACUUGGUGGAUGCAUCUGGCUAUGUAUCCGGCUACCAGCACAAGGACACAUACGACAACGCUCAUUAGAAGCAAUAAAUUGACACGCAUUAAUAUAUAAUCUUUAAAAAAUUGUAUGAUUAAAAAUCACAAAAAGGCACAAAUGAACAUAAAUGUAGAUUUUUAGAUGCCACAAUCCUUUGUAACGCAAUUUUUUUAAUAAUCAAGCUUAAAUAGUUUAUAUUAUAUGUAAAGCGACACUUAUGUAACAGAACGUAUUAAUUUACACACAACUUGUGGUCACCCUUCCCAGCAAAGUGUUGAAUUUUUGUGAUACUUUAAAUUAAUAUUAAACGAAUAAAAUGUUCUAAAAUAAUUUAUUUAUUAAAGAUUGGCUCUCAUCUCA